GUUAUCUUAUAGGAAUCAGUUUCCCUUCAGAAGCCACUAACAAGCCAGGGAAAAUUUUUAAUGAUGACAUAUUUUUUGUACGCGUUACUGUUGGGAUGCUUUGCUUUACCUGGAAUUUUACUUGGAGAUUUGGUUUUCAGAUGCCCAAGUUGCACCGCUGAGCGCCUGGCGGCGUGUCCCAAAGUAACGGCACAAUGCACAGAGAUAGUGAGGGAGCCCGGCUGUGGCUGCUGUCCGGUGUGCGUCCGGCUGGAGGGUGAGCUCUGCGGGGUGUACACCCCGAGGUGCUCCAGCGGCCUGAGAUGUUACCCCAGCGUGGACGCUGAACUACCUUUGCAGCAGCUCAUCCAGGGCUUCGGGCGAUGCGCUCAGAAAGUGGACGUGGACGUCAGCGUAGGUGUGGACCACCAGGCGACAAAUGAGGUGCAUGGGACUGAAAAUCCACUCACCAAGAGACCCCAUGAUGGUUGGAGGUGGCAGGAAUCUGCCAGGAUUCAGCACAUGAUUAAGAGCAAAUCCAAGAUGAGGACAAAUCAGCUGGAAGACCCUCAAACCCAGAAAAUGACUCAGAGUGCCUGUCAACAGGAGCUGGACCAGGUUUUAGAGGAGAUCUCCAAAAUGACCUCCGAGGACAACAGAGGUCCGCUGGAGAAUCUGUACGGGCUCAAAUUCCCAAACUGUGACAGACACGGAUUCUACAACCUCAAGCAGUGCAACAUGUCCACCCACGGCCAGCGGGGUGAGUGCUGGUGUGUUGACCCCUUAACCGGGGUCCAGAUACCAGCGACGCCUAAAGUCAGAGGGGAUCCCAACUGUAACCAGUUUCAGGAGGAGCACAGGACGAUGCCCACAGAGGCAGCAGCACAGUAGCCGUGUCUGCAGCGACACAGCAGGGUUCAGCUUUCUACCACAAUCACAGUUUAAUAAUAAGGUUAACCUGCCUCUGCAUCGUCGUUUAAAACUAAGCUAAAAAGUGUCUGUUAUACUCUUCUAUGCCAAUGAUUCCCGUGAUUUAACCAUAAACAAUGAGCUUUAGUCCAAAUCUUUCAGACUUCCCUGGCAUGAGAACUUUUUUUUUUUUAAUGGGGUCUCAGAUAUAGUUUCAUUUUCUUAAAAAAAAAAAAAAAAAAGGAAAGAGCUUUUUGUAUAUCUACGUGAAACUGAACUAUCUAUGUUAUGGCAACAGCUCGGUUUAUGUGGGUCUGACGCAAAAUAAAGUUCCUACUCUCACUGUAAUAAGUGAACAUGUGUCAACCGCUGCUUCAGUGGAGGAAGGAAUGAGAUGUGUCGGGUUUUAUAGGACCUGCCUGAAACUAGGAUGUUUUCAUUGUAACUUUACUGUCUGUUACUUUUUCUGUAUAGACGGAUCUGUAGUGAUUGUUUUCCGUGUGGCUGCAGAAAGAAAUAGUGUCAUACUGUGGGUGCAUAUUCCAAAAAACCUGAAAGUUCAAUUUAAUUUUCUUUCAAUCAACUUGUGAGAAAAAUGUGUGGGUUUUUCAGUGAUGUCUGUGAGCUAGAGGCUAAAUCCGUUAGCCAACAUGAAAACAUGUACUGUAGAGAUGAUUGGUAGUACUUGUAGUUUCUGAUGAAAUAUAACGAUUAGAGUAACGUUAAUAUAAAAUCUUUAUCUGCCUUCAAAAUUCUUCCAAACUCAGGGCCAGAUCUACUAAAAGUUACUAAGAGCCCACGCUUUAAAAGGUGCAAAACCUCAAUGAAUAUGCAAUGUGGGGCAUUUACAUGAAAUUGUGCGUCUGCCAGGAGGAGAAAAGGCAAAUAUAUUCAUCGAUUAAUCAAACCUGAGAGCAAUUUUGCUCAUAGAAACUGUGUCUAUUAUAGAGAAGAAAUUUACGCAUCUUCAUUGUGCAACUAAACGUUACCCCAUGAAACACAUUCUUUUUUUAUUCAGUGAAUAAAACAGAUCAAUAAACUAUUUGCAUCAGUGAUGGACUAACCACAGGCCAAAAUCUCUGCAAAAUGUUGUUAUGUUCUCAUAGUGACAAUAAAGACUCUUGAUUCAUCUGACACAUUUGAGGUAAUGAUACCAAAUGUCAUUUUGUCUCAACACCAACAGGGAAAAACUCUCAUUUCCAUACUGAUGUUUGCAGUGUGGGCAGUUCCAGCCUGCACGCAAAAUUAGUAUGUACAAUUUGGGAUCUUAGUAGAUCUGGCCCUGAGUUUUAUUGUUUGUAUUUGUUUUAGGAGGCUGAUGUGUCACAAACAGUCAUCUGGACUUGACUUUAUAUUUAUCUAUUGACAGUAACACCGAUAAAUAAAACCAUACUUUCUACAUAAUAAAAGCAGAAGCAACAUCAUGUGCACAAUCAACAAACAACACUGUGUUCAUGAAAAAUAAGUUGUUUGCUGCUUGUGUUGCCAUUUGAUGUCGUCAUAGUUGAUUUUAAUGGAAAUAAAAGUGGAAAUCUGA